ACAUUUGAAAGAAAAACACAGACGUGAACACAUUUGCUGUCAAGACCUGGAGAAGAAAACUUUGAGUGUCUAUUCAUCAUGGUGAAGCAGAGCAGCAGCCAAACCUCUGUUGCUGUAACAGAGCAGACCCACAAGUGCAGCUCGUCCUGCCUUGGACCUCUGACCUUCCACAAUCGGGCUGUAGGAGACAUGGUCCGUCUGAGCCAAGGCUGUCGACUGGCAGAGAGGAACGACACCACCUUUAAAAACGGCCUGGUGUUUAGCAGCCGUCCUCUGAAGGCCCAGGAGAAGGUUCGCCUGAGGGUGGAAAGAGAUUCUCACAGGUGGCAGGGGACAGUGCGUCUGGGUUUCACAAAUGUACCGCCCUCAGCCAGAUCUCUGCCGCUCCCCUGUCUGGCCAUUCCUGAUCUGAGUGACAGCCCCGGGCACUGGAUGGCUCCUGUGCACGAGUCCUACUGCCAACCGGGGUCAGUGCUGGAGUUCUGGGUCUCUGGCGGCGGCAGCGUUUAUGUGACAAACGACCGCAGCAGACGACAGAAAAAACUACUGUCCGGUGUGGACCUGAGUAAGCCACUGUGGGCUGUGAUUGACAUCUAUGGACAAACCUGCUCUGUUUUCCUCCUGGGCUCAGAGAAAAAGGCUCUGAUUUCCACUUCAAGAUCCUGUCCUGCUCCUGAACCUCUCACCUCAUCUGACAUUGACAAUAUCCACAGCUGGAUUUCUACUGUGUCCAAACUCUGUGAAGACUCUGAGGACAGGGUCUCUGACCUAGACAGAGAUGUCACAGCAGACAAAUACUGCGUAGUCUGCCUGGAUCAUGAGGCCAGAAUCACGCUGCCUUGUCACCACCGCUGUCUGUGUCGCUCCUGCACUCCAAAAUACCUACAGCAGUUUGGUACCUGCCCACUGUGUCGACAUGACAUCAGCUACCUCAGAGACGUGUGUGUCUGAGGCAGCACCACUAGAACACCGACACCAGAACACCAACUGCUCAAACACAGACACUAAAAAUCUAUUCUGUUUUCUGUGUGUCCUACAGUAAUAGAAAGGCAAAUGCUGUGAUGUCCCUUAUAUUUAUUUGUUUGCAAAAAAAUUCAAAUGUAAAACAAUGUACAGCUUUCACUUCAUUGAUAAUUUAAAUAUAUUUAUGUGUUUUGUAAAUAAAAUGUUUGCAUACAUUGAAAUAAAUGUUUUUAUACCA